AUGUUGAACCUCAUCAGCCUUGCCUGCUGUUGCGCGCUAGCACUGGCUGCGGGGCCGAACGUUGGUCCUGAACUUCCAGCACUCCUAGAGCACAGCAGAGGUGGUGGGGGUGGACAUGGAGGUGGAGGUGGAGGUCGAGGUGGAUGGGGAGGUGGUGGAGGCUGGAAUUCCCAAGAGAAUGGUCAUGGAGGACAUCAUGGAACGCGAGGAAUGAGCACUCGGAAGCCAACGACUAAGAAUCCGAGGGCUACGACAAAGUCAACAGGGGCGCUUUGCCCAGCUAUCGAGAAGACGUUGGACCCUACGAAGACUUUGGGAGCUGCCAAAGGUCUCGAUUGCGGAGUAAACUUCUGCCGCAGUGUCGCGGGUAUGAAUAUCUGCUUUGCGCAAAAUGAGAUCUGCCCCUAUCAAACCAAGACUAUCACCUCGACCACUGUCAGAGGACCCGCCGACUCGGUCCUCGUCUGCCCAGCCACCACAAAAUGCGUCAGCGGCACCACCAAUAAUGGUUUCACCGGAAAUUUUUGCAUUGCCGCA